AUGAUUAAAAAAAUUUUAUUAUUCAGUCCUCCAUUCAAUGGACACCUGAAUGUACUAAGAGAUUUAAUUUUGAAAUAUGAAAAUUAUUUUAAUUUUCAUCUUAUUAUCACCGGAUGGAAAAAUACUCAACCUGAUUUAAAAGGAAUUAAUAUUCAAUCUAGUAUCGUUGCAUACUCUGAUUUGUAUGAAACUGAUCCAGCAAUUUGGACUUUACCACGAAUUGUUGACUUAAUAGAUGGUUGUCUAGAUAUAGCAAAACAAUUUAAACCAGAUUUAAUAAUUUAUGAUUUUUUUUCAUUAGAAGGAAAUUUUGUAGGAAAAAUUUUGAAAAUUCCAUAUUAUUGUUCUAUUCCUGCUUUACUUGGUCCAUUUACGCAUCAGGAAUAUCUUAAAAGAAAAUUACUCUUACCAAUCAAUAUUAAAGCUAUUACUUGUUUACAAGAAAAGUUUCCAGGAAUUUUAGACACAGACGAUUUUGAAAUGAUUUCUGAUGGACUACAUAUUACAGGACAGCAAAAUCUUGUCUGGUCAUAUCCAUCACUCACUCCAAAAGACUUUAUGCUUAAUCGUAAACAAACGUCGUAUAUUUUCGUACAUCAUUUACAUAAAGUACUAUCCAAUAAUAACUUCAUAGAUAUAAAAAAGCCACUCAUUUAUUUUUCGUUUGGUACUGCUGUGAUGGGUAAUCUCUGGAAUCAACAACUUGAUGUUAGAGAAAAAUUAAAAUUAUUUAUUCAUACACUAACUAAAUUAUGGGAAAAUAAAAAUUUUAACAUUAUUUUUGUUAAUCUUGGAAAAGAAAUUGGCAAUGAAUAUCCUCCAAAUUGGCAAGUAGUACAGUAUGCUGAUCAAAUCGAUGUACUAUCGCGAGCCUCUGUAUUUAUUACCCAUGCUGGAGGUAAUAGUUUUCAUGAAGCAGUUAUUGCACAGGUACCAAUGGUAGCUAUUCCAUUCUUUGGAGAUCAACUAUUGAUUGCACAUCAAAUAGAGAAAUUAGGUUUGGGAAUCAAUCUUAUAGCAGAUAACGAAAUCGAUACAAAAAAACCAAAGAAUUUUCUUAAUGAAUUGUUAGCUGAAAAAGUUGUUAUGGCAGUUGAUAAAAUUCUCAAUGAAAACACUGACUAUCAAAAGAGAUUUACUCAAUUAUCAUUAGAAGCUGACAAUAUACUAGAUCUACUCAAUAACGAUCCUAGAUAG